GAUGUCCGACUUCGACAGCUCGACAGCCACGAGACUUUCCCCACCUUCCUUGAAGUUCCUUUGAGUGGUUUCAUGUCUUCGUUCAAGCCUGACGCGGUUGAGCUUCGUCACCAUCUCUCCGAGGUGGCCAAGGCAAGAGCCACUUCGCCGCUCAAAGGCCUACAGAAGUACCUCAAUAAGCCAGGUCUACUUAGCCUUGCGGGAGGGCUUCCGGCACCGGACUACUUUCCGUUUGCGGAUGUUUCUGCUAAUAUCCUUGUCCCAAACUCAUUCCCAUCAACCACCUCGGGCGAAUCGAACUUUUCAUGGAUUUGGAAACUUUUUGGUGCCAAGGAGAAGACGACUGCAAUCACUAUUCCCAAGUAUGCGCGUCGGCCAGAAGACCUCAAUCUAGCGACGGCACUUCAAUACGGUUUGUCCUCUGGACUCCCUCAGCUCCAGAAACUGGUCGAGAAUUUCUCCAAGAGAGUGUACGACCCAGCGUACAACGACUGUGUGACUAUGCUGCAUGCUGGAAAUACGGACGCUUGGAAUAAAGCAGUCCUUACUCUUUGUAAUCCUGGAGAAGGUGUUUUAGUCUCGAAAUGGACUUAUCCAAGUGCCAUGGCCUCCAUGACACCAUACAACAUCCGCCCUGUUCCUGUAGACAUCGACGGCCAAGGGAUGCGGAGUGAUGCCCUACGAACCGUCCUCACGGAGUGGGACGAGGACGCGCGUGGUAUGCCCCGACCCCAUGUCAUCUACGCUGUUCCUAUUGGAGAGAACCCUACUGGAACCACCACUGGGCUCCAGCGCAAAAAAGAAAUCUAUCAACUUUGUGUUGAGUUUGACAUCAUUUUGGUGGAAGAUGAUCCCUACUUCGUUCUGCAAGAGGGUCCCUACCUCCCCAAGGAACAGCGCAAGCCAGGAUCUCCGCAGACUGAUGAGGAGUUUAUCGCGUCGCUGGAACCGAGUUACCUUAAGAUUGACUAUCAAGGUCGCGUUAUCCGUCUAGAUACCUUCUCCAAGACUAUGGCACCAGGAUGCCGGUUGGGUUGGUAUACUUGCAAUGCGAUGUUUGCGGAGCGGCUGGAAAGAGCUGCGGAAACGUCGACGCAGGCGCCUUGCGGCUUCAGCCAGUCACUAGUAGCUUCUACACUGAUCCAAUGGGGCGAAGCUGGUUAUAUGCGGUGGUUGAAAGGUCUCCGUGUGCAGUACACUCUCCGACGGGAUUUCCUCGUGGACUGUUUCGCGAAUGAAUUCCAGUUAAUCACUACUUCCGGCACCGAUAUGUGGGCUGGAUGCCAGGUCUUCAACGGUUCUGUGAAGCCCAAGUCCACCACACAUUUUUUCAACGAGAAAGUCCCCCUGUCGACACCUAUCUUUUCAUUUGUACCACCUACAUCUGGGAUGUUCGUAUGGCUGAAGGUUCACUUCACCGAGCAUCCUGCUUACAGCACGCUGGGUGUCAAAGAGCUGGAAACAAAGUUAUUCAUUGAGUUUGCUGAAGCUGGUCUGUUGAUAGGACCAGGUGCGAUGUUCAACCCGACCAAUGAGUGGUCGAACGUGACAUCGGGGCAUUAUCGUGUCAGCUUUAGCAACGGCGAGAAUGAGGAGCUCAAGAAGGCAGUUGACAUUUUCGGCAAGGUUUUGCGAAGGUUUAUGGAGGUUUGA